AUUCGCGUUCGGACGUGCGUCGCGCGUUUAACAAGAAAGAAAGAAAAAAACCAACCCAUUUUUUACCGAGAAACCGAAAACCGAAAACCGGGAAGAAAAUUAAAUAAAUAGCUUGAUAAUUUUGUUCGUAUUUUGUUUAUGUUCCGUUUUUUUUUUGUGCCGGUGGUGUUUUGCUGGCUUUUUGUUUGGCUGCAGUGGCGCGUAACGUUCAACACACCGCACACCACAGUCAACCCCCAAAACAAAAACAGCAAAACAAAAAAAAAGAUAAUAACGACUACUAUCUGGUCCUGGGACAAACAGGAUGCGCUCGAGUGACCCUGCGCACCUGUUCGCCAACGACAAGUGCCACGGACAAUAAUGAAAUUUCCCGGGCCCACGUUUGCGAUUGUGUGUGUGUGUGUGUGUGUUUGUGUGAAAUUUUCUUGUAAUUUAUGCAAAGCAUAAGCGAAGGCGGAAAAUUCAACUGGUGUCUCUUUGGGCGGCUUUGUUCCUGUGCUGGUGGGAACUGGCCAUAGUGAAAACUCCCAGCCAUAAGCUGGAAUAACUGAUAGCCCACAUUUACGUCCAUGGUUUGUGCCACACGAUCAUGCUGAUUGUGGACAUGUUGACGCUGGCAUUGGCAAAUGAGCCGAUAUGCGGCGGUGGCAAAAUCAGAUCCAGUGGCAAGGAUAAUCAGGCGGUUGGAGCAGCAGCAUCAUCUAUGGCCAAUACAACUGGUGGUGGACUAGGCCCAAGCUGCGGGCUCUCGGGCCACUUGGCAUGCGAGGCACGCAACUCACGCGACAAUGUUGCUGCCGUCCAUGACGAGCUGCGUCAGCAGUGCCACUCGGCGAUAGUUGCGGUGGAGGCGCGUGCGCGUGCUGAAUACACUGGCAACAACAAGGGCGACAGCAACAACAAUAGAAGCAGCAGCAGCAGCAACAACGCUAGCUGCAACAACAGUAGGAGCAGCAACAACAGCGACACUAGAAGCAACACUAGCUGCAACAACAGCAGCAACAAUACCAACAAUAGCUGCAACAACAGCAGCAACACUAGCUGCAACAGCGACAACACUGGCGACAACUCAGCAACGGAAGUGGCCACGAAAUGUGAGUACGCGCAACUCGAGCAUGAGAGGCAGAGCGUGAGCGCAGGCGCAUACCUGCAACCACCCAAUGUGACAGUUAGCAGCAGCAACACCAGUGGCAACAACAACAACGGCAAGAGGGGGAGCAGCGCCUGCUCAAUACCUACAAUUGGCAGUGAGCUUUUCAAAGCCAACCUUGUGGCAGCAGCAGCAGCAGCAGCAGUCGUCGCAGCUGAGCAGCAGAGGCAGCAGCUACACAAGUCAGCAAGCAGCAGCAGCAGCCAACCGUCAACGAAUUCUGGCCAAAAGCUGUGCAAAUUGAUUGAGUCCAGUGAAAAAUCGGUGGAAAUCAAUUGCCCCAGUCCUUGUGGCAUACGCAACGUGCCAGAAAGUGGCCAAAAGUCCAACGAAAAGUCGUCGCAAAGCGUUGGCCAAACUGGCGACGAAAUUGGCAGUCACAACGACGACAACGAAACCAACAACGACAACAACCACGACGACGACGACGACGACGCGCGACGUACAGAAAAAUUUGUGCAAAAAAUCAGGCAAAGCGCGUUGCCUGCUCGCGGGCCACAUCAUUUUUUUUAUCCCAGUGAAAGUGUUGAGAUAGAUGCAGCAGCAGCAGCAGCAGCAGCAGCAGCAUCAACAGUAGAAACAGCAACAGCAGUAGCAGCAGCAACCUUAAGCUUCAAAAAGGAGCAGCAGGAGGAGCAGCAGGAGGCGGGGCAGGCGCCAUUGUCAUUGCCAUAUUCUCAGUACCCUCCCUGCUCCCACGAUAACCAGCGACCCCACGAGCCACCAGCCAGCAGCAACUCAUCCUUGACUGGAUGUGGUGGCGUUGAUAAUGUCGCUGGCAUUGCUGCUGUCCGCCCACAAAAAAGUUCCUGGCCUCUGGAUUACGUGAGGAGCAGCAUCCCAGAUACAGCAGCAACAUGCAAUGACAACGGCAACCAGUCAAAGCCCAGCGAUUUAAGUGCAACAUCCGAGGAGAAGCUCAUCGAUUGCGAGUCCUUGGUGGGCGAUACAGUACCAACAGUAGCAGCAGGAGCAACUGCAGCAGCAGUAGCAACAAGCUGUAUUGAGCAGGAUCUCAUCGAUUUUGAGCACGAUUUGGGCGAGGAUUUUGUGGCCAGUCAGCGCUUAAAGCGACUGCAAUACAAUUUUCAGGGACGCGUGGCCAGUUGUAGUAGCAUUGAUUGUGUAAAGGCAUCCUUGAGACCACAACAACAAAAGCAGAAGGAGCAAGAGCAGGAGCAGGAGCAGGAGCAGGAGCAACAAACAAUAAGCAUAACAAAGAAACUACCCCCAGAUACCGAUAGCGAUACCAGCCAACAACCCCAACUCCAGUGCCCCAGCCAAACGCAGCUAGCCCAAACCCAAACCCAAGCCCAAGCCCAAGCCCAAGCCCAAACCCAAUCCACUCAAGGCGUAGACAAUAAGGCGAUUGCAGCAAUUAUCGCGGACCCAAGUGCAAUUCAAUUAAAUGUGGAUGCUAUACUCGCAGCGCCAUUGCCAAAUGAAAGCGAAACAACAGACAGCGACAGACAAACAGCUGAAAAUCCCAAGGAGCAACAUUUCGUGCUGAAUACGCACUCCGAGUGCCCAGUGCGCAGGAUCGAGAAGGCGGAGAAGGAGGCAGAGGCGGAGGCGGAGAGCCAUAACCAGAACGAGAACCAGACCCACAACCAAAACCAGAACCAGGACCAAGUGGUGAUUGAAAUCGAAACGGAUAGCGAGGAGCACGUCGCUUCCACGGAGGAUUGCUUGAGGCGCUCUGCCUUUGUGCCAGCUCAGCCGAGUUGCAAGGAGGCCGGUGAUUUUGGCACAUCGCUCAGCGAGUUCGAUGUGCAGCGAUUUAGCGAGUAUCUAAAGGUCGCCCGCCAAUUGCAGUGGCAGCAUUUGAAUAGCAAUAACCGGAACCGGAAACAGCAGGAUAUCGCUGGCACCAGUAGUUUCCAGUGCUACGACGAACUGCUGGCCGAGUUCGUUAGCGAGCAACAGGAGUACUUGUUAUUCGAAAGCUAUUCCGAUUGCGAUACGAAUUCGAAUUCGAAUUCGGAUAGCCAGGAGGAGUUUGAUUGUGGAAGAGCCUGCCAGUGCCAUGAGUGCCUAGCCAGUCGGGAUCAGAACACGUCCACUUGCGCCGCCAGAGGCAUCGUUAGCGCUACAGCAGCCCAUCUAGAACGCCCGGAUCAUCGAAUCAUCCCACAUCCCACCCACCUGACCAACGGCAACAAGAUGCGCGAGGUGAAUGGUCAGUUGCGCGGCCUGCUCAAGAAGCCAAAUCGACCGCCGCCGGCACGCAAGAAUCGCGUCGUCUUCGAUGAGACGCGCAACGAGUUCUUUGAAGCGGACUACAUAAUCCUGAUACGCGAGGAUUGCGCCUACGACGAGGAGGACGAGGAGCCAUGCACCUGCGGCGAGCACGAGCUGGUGCGUCUGUGCUGCGAGGAGGGUUGCCAGUGCAACUAUGCCGUCAAUCCUGCCGAGGCGGGUGAGGGCAGGACGCCACAGAGUCCCAAAUACCAGCCGCCAAUUGAGUUCGUCGACGAUGCGGCACUCAGUCCGCCCGAUGGCUACAAGGACAGCAGUCUGAAGAACACGCUCGGCGGCGCCCUGAGCGGUCACAUCUUUGGGGCGCAGCACCUGCAGCAGCUGCAGGUCAUCCAGCGGCUGCAGCAGCAGCGAGCCGCAAUGCUGGCCGCCCGCAACACCACAAGCGGUCAGAUACCGCCCCCACCCCCGCCCGUUGGCACUGCUCAGCAACAGCAGCAGCAACAGCAGCAGCAGCAGCAGCAACAGCAGCAACAACAGCAGCAGCAGCAACAGUCGCAUCAGCAGCCGCAUCAUGGAGCCAUGCAGCAGCAGCAGUCGGAGGAGGACCUCCAGGGCGUUUGCACAGAGUGUGCCGAGUGCGCCGAAUGUGCGGCCAAACAGCUCCAGGAAGCAGAAUGCAGCUCCCCGCAGUGUCCGGAGGAGAUGACCCCACUGGGUGUGCCCGCCGUGGCCAUUCUGCCGCUGCACACCAGUUCCCCGGAGCGCCGGAUCACCCAGAAGGAGAUCAUCGCCGGCGAGGAGCGGCCCAAAUACGUCCUGCAAUCGCAGUACAAGCCAUCGCCCACUGGAGUGACCGAGCGUCGGAUCAUCCGCGAGGCGCACGAGGAUGUGGCAACCGCUGGAUCCGCCCCUGCACCUGGCACCGCCGCGCCAACGGUUGGAGCUGCGUCCGCCACUGGAGCUGAUGCCUUACCGCCCGCCUUGCCGGCCAAGGCGAGUGCAACAGCAGCAGCUGCAGCAGCAGCCGCCGCCGCAGCAGCAGCGGCAACCGCAUCCACAUCCACAUCCGCAUCAAUAUCCGCAACGGAACAGCAACAGUUCGAGGCACAGAAACCGCCACCCAUACCGCCCAAGGAGACAUCACCCACGCAGAUCAGCGGCAUCCUCAAGGGCGGCAAACUAUGGAAGCAGGACUCGAUCUCACAGCAGUCGGAUGACCAGAACAAUACCACAUCGGAGGACGAGAGCGGUGGCACCAAGCGUUCGGUGCGGUUUGUGACCGAGGAUCAGGCGAAUGCCGGCACCGAUAGCGAUGCUCAGUCCCUGGCCGGUGACCUGGACGACAGCGAGAACCAGAUCAACGAGCUAAUCCCGAUCAAGAAGCACUCGACGCUCUUCAACAACGCCCUGCGUCCCAAUUCGGCGGUGCGCCAACUCUUCCCGAGCGUCUCGGCUCAUCAGGCACCUGUGCUCACCUCGGAGGCACUACGGGCCUUCGAUGAGUCCAAGCGGGCUGGCUGCCUGGUCACCCACUUGCCUGGAAGCUGUGGUGACUCCGACACCUUGCGAAGGAGCAUGGAGCGCAAUAUACUGCGACGAUCGCUGAUUAAAAAAAAGGCUGUCAAAUCGGACAUUUCGCUGGAGGAGCGCAUCAAGCAGCUGACCUGCGACAUCGACGAGGAUCUGGCCGAGGAACUGCAGCGGGCUGUGGACGAGGAUGCUGAGUCUGUGGCCGAACGUGCCGAUGAGUUGGCCCAGCGCAACAGUCCCGCCGGCGAGGAGAAUCCCAAUCCGGUGCCUGGCUCUGGACAAGCUCACAAGUUCGUCAAUGGCGAGAAGAGCUUCUCGCCGAGCAGCUCCGUGUCGAGCUCCUCGAGCGGAUCCUCGGCCUACAAGAAGAUCGCUGACAUCUUCAACCGCGACAAGAAGCAGGAGAAGAUCAUGGAAAUGGAGGAGAAUCCCAUAGUCAUCAUACCACAGGAGUGCCGUUGUCCCGCUGCUCCGGACUUGGGCAUGGGCAUCCAGGUGCCGGUGGUGCACACGCAGAUCCACCGCACUCCGCCCCGCCAAACGGAGCCGAAGCGCCAGUUCCUCUCCUCCACUUUGGCUCCCCUGACCGCCUGUGUGGCUGGGAACAAGGACGACCUAUCCUCCUACUACACAUUGGCCGCUGCAGCUGCUGCUCAUCCGCAUGCCCAUGGCCACGCCCACACGCAUGCGCAUGCCGCCCACUAUGCCGCCGCCGCUGCGGCGGCUGACUUUAAUAUGGGACAGCUACUGGGUGCGGCUGCAGCCGCUGCCGCCUCUGGAGAUCCCGCUGCCCAGCAUGCGGCUGCCAUGGCGGCGCAGGGAUUGGCCCAAGGAUUGGCUGCCGCCGGAGGUGGUGGGGGAGCAGGAGGACUUGGUGCCGGAGAGGAUGCUCGCAAGGUGGCACCCGAUGUGAUUGCCGGAACACCGGGUCAGGAGGCCGCCGGGCGGCAGGAGCAGGACGAACUGGCCGCCUUUGCCCAGGCAGACGCCAAGCGGACCGAGCAGCUCAAGAAGCGGUACACGGGAGCGGGCUCCGAGCCCAGUCAAUCGCAGGCCAGCAGCGACGAUGACGAGCAGAACGACUAUGGGUUCAACAAGCGUCCCUCGGUGCGGGGCAUCAAGCCCAAGUUCAGUUCGACCAACGAGAUCCUAGCCCAGAUGCAGGAGCAGCUGAGCGCGGCGAUACCCACGGUGGUCAAUAGCCAGCCCGUGCAGCAUGCGGUCAAGGGUUAUGCCAUGCCCAAUACGCUCAAGCAGAAUCCCUCGCCGCAGAAUGUGCCACAGAACUUGCAGCAGCAGCAGCAGCAACAGCAGCAGCAGCAACAGCAGCAACAGCAACAUCAGCAGCAGGCGGUGCAUCAGCAACAUCAGCAGCAGUUGCAGCAACAAAUGGCCGCCGCGCUGCAGAAAACGGAGCAGCGAACGUGGAGCUUCUACAGCGAGACCGGGGAACAGCAGCGCUUCCCCAUGGAUGCGGCUGCCAUACAGCAGACCUACUACCAGACCCUGCCCGCCGGCACCAUGUUCCGCCAGACGAUGAUCCAGCAGGGCGCCACUUCCGCCGGCGGUGCCGAUGAUGCAUCACUGCUGUACGCCGCCGCUGCAGCCGCCCAAAAUUGUCAGAGUGUCACGGCGACGGCAACGGCCACCGCCACCGCCACGGCCAUCGAGCAGAGCAAGCACAGCAGCUACAGCAGCCACUUCGCCAGGAGCCCCACCCGGCGGCCAGAGUCGCCUCCCCCGCUGCGCAACUACCAUCAGACCAUGGUCCUCAUCCCGUACAACGCGGAGACCUACUCCCAGUUCGCCGCCAGCAGCAGCGGCGAUCCCAAGCUGGCGCACAUCCAGCGCCAAAACAUCCUCGAGUACCAGCAGGUAACCCAGCAGACGAUUCGUGUGCCCAUUGGCUAUGCCCUGCCCGGCAUGCAGUUGCAUGUGGUGAGUGGGCGGGGCCAUGCCGCCCACUAUGCCCAGCACCAACAGCAGCACCAGCAACAUCAGCAGCAGCAGCAACAGCAGCAGCGCCUGAUGCAGGGACACUAUCAAUUUGGACCGGAUGGCGGAAUGCCAGGAUUCAGCGAGCGCGGAGUGCCCGAAGGAGCGGCCGCCGUAUCGCACAGCGAUUGCAAUGCCAUGGUGUCGCCAACUUCGGCGGCAGCAGCGGUACAACAACAGCAGCAGCAGCAGCAACAGCAGCAGCAGCAGCAGCAGAUACAGCAGCAGCAACAACAGCAGCAGCAACAGCAACAGGUCGCCGGAGGAGUUGGUGUGGGCGCCCAGGCCCAGGGAUCCGUGUACUAUGCGAUGAACGUAUGACCCGCGCUCGAAUAGUCGAUGCCAGCGGCGGUCAUUGUCGAGCGCCGCCAGUGUCAACUUGUCGAAAUGUCAGCGACUUCAGUGCAUUUGGGUAGCGGCGGCAUGGGCGGCAGAUGAGCGCCCGCCCCGCGGUAUUGCAAAUCCGAAACGGAGUCCGUGAUUGAGUCCUCGAGUUCCCAUCAGGUCCCAUCCGCUGAUUUCAGUUGCCCCUCAGUUGACCCUAGCGAGCGCUUUUGAAUCAGUUUGAUCUUCCGUUUAGGCAGUGUAUCUGUAUCUUUAUCUGUAUCUGUAAGCGUAACCGUAUCUGUUUUCGCUUCAGUAUGAUUAUCAUUAUCUGUAUCCGUAACCGUGUUGUCAGUAUCUUUGUGUCGCUGGACGUGUGUGUCACAAAUACUCCAGUACGGCCUGUCGCUACGAACCUUCAAAGCUUUCAAAUCACUUAAGUUUCUUUGAUAGAUGCAAGAAGAAUUCGUUCUGAAGUGUAUAGCACACUUUAAAGCGUUUUUGAGGUGGUUUCGAAGCUCUUGAGGUUUUUAACACGCCCAUUAAAAUAGAAUUAACAAAAUAAACAUCUAAAGUUGGUGGUAAACGAUGCAGCGGCAUCAAAAUAAUUUUGAUACUAUGUGCAUCAUGGAAACGAAACGGCGGUUGCACCGUUUACAACCAGCUCCAUCAACGAGAUCCAAAGUGAAUCACUCCACGUUAUGCAAUGCUCCAAAAAGUAAUGUUUAAGUUCAGCCUUGUCGUCGAGGAUUUAAUUUAAUAGGUAUUAAUCUUUAGUCGAGUGUAGUGAAGAAAGGAUGAAAAUCUAAACCAAAACACAACCAAAUCACAUGAAUUUAUUUCGAGCAUGUACAUGCUGGGUGCUAGUAAUGCAAAAACAAAAACAACAACAACCGCAACAAAAACACAACAAAACCAAGAAAGAGUUAAUUAAGCUAUAAUGAUUAUAUUUAACAAAGUUAAACCCAAAACAAAGAUAUGUCAUAACAUUAUUUUUAAUUCCAUUUUUUUUUUGCUGUUAGCCAAGGAAACCGAGUUUUGCUCAAUAAGAAGUGCAUUUGAUUUUAAACACAUCUAUUUAAUAACUAACAUACAUUAUUAUAUAUCGACAUAUGCGAAUGCUUAACUAAAUUAUACAUAAUUAAUUAUAUUUCAUUGAAUUGAUAUUAUAAGGUAUUUUCAAUGUAGUGCAAUUUGUUGCUAACUCCAAAAGUUCUCUUAGCAGAGAGUAUUAUAUAAAAACAUAAAUAUAUAUAUAUUUUAUGAGUAUCGAAAUUAUAGGACUAUUUUUAGGCUUAGGCUUUAUUUGUAUACAAUUUAGUUUUAAUUAUUUUUUUUCCUUAUGUAUAAUAAAUUAAAAGAAAUUUUCAACAAUUUUUGGUUUCCUACGCUUAAGAAAA